CGCUGGGUAGGCUUUCUCUGUGCCUCUCGUAACGGGCAGGAACGUGCCUUUUCUGCUGUAUCUCGAUCACGGGUCAACAGAGCGGCAUCAGCGCCAUCAUGUGGAACGGAGUGCACACUUAAAAAAUGUUUUUUUCAAGUCGAUCUACAGGUACUGCACAUCCUACGUUUAGGGCACUACUGUCACCGACGCGCACGGCAGGAACACAGUCGUUCCGCUCUCGGAUACAGCUUUCCAUUUUGAAGUUCUGAUGCCGCCUAACGAGAAUUCGGGGAGGAUUGUCGUGCACCUUUGCCAGAGAAACACAUGUGAACAGUUGCUGCAAAAUGUCGUGUCAUUCCGGGAUGCGCAUCCUCAUGAAAAUCCAUGCUUGUUGAAGGCGGUUGACUAAGGCGUUUUAUACCAGCAGUAAGGCAGCGGUCUUCAAAAACAUUCACCUGACGAAGACAGAACUAAAAACUGCUCUCGGAUGUGAGUUGACACUACCGGGUCAGGACAGUUGGCUGGGUCAGGCGGGUGCAACACCAACCGGGAUCGCCAGCAGUUUAGCCCAUCAUGCUACUCAGACACUGCGUCUUGAAAAGACACCAGUUACAUAGGAGAAAGUACUUCUCUUUCUCUCAUGCUGUCAAUGACCGAAAACUGCAAAUCAGUCGCGAGACGACAGACGUCAACAGAGACAAACUGGGAUGGACAUUUCAUUGCCCUAUCCUUUCCCUUCCGUCAAUCUCCGCUCCUUCCUCCGAAGCGGCUCACUAAUAACGCCAACAGCCGACAGAAGACUUUUGAAUGCGAUAGCUUUCAGAUUUCUCUCGCUUUGGGUACACACUAGAGCAAUACAUAUAUAAUGUCUAUAACAGCAAAUGUGAAAUAGUCUUGAUGUCAAAUGCUGCAAUACAACCCUUUUACCUGUUGGAGGUUGCUGAAACGUUUUCUCCAUACGUUCAGGUGGGCUGCUAAUGUAUGAAUGACAUCUAUGAAUGAGCACCUAGAAGGCUAGAAACAAGAAAAAUCAAAAGCAACGACGGUACUAAUCAAUCCUGUUGUUAGUUCGUUGAAAAAGCGAUGCGUAUUCAGUGGCGCUCCUCCUCCGCAAUAACCGAUUUCUGAUGUAUCACUGGCUUUUAACAUACCAGCCAUCUAACGACACUGGAGUCUGUCUUGUCGUGAAUGCUGCAAGCUACUAGGCAGUACUUAGAUACUUAUGGAAGAUCACCAGUCGUCUGUAGCAGUGGCAGCACUGGAUCUAUCUAUUGGUGGACAUAAGACACGCCUCCUACAAGAAUUCAUACAGCUCUGAAUGCUACAAUGACGGAUCACCGUUUUAAACAAUACAAAACCAUGACAUAUCACAAUACUGAAAUAUCUACAGGCUAGAAAAUGGCAAACUAGCUCCUGACAAGAAACCUUGUAAAAAUGCGUCAUAGAAAGAUAGCGGCCGCGCAAGCACAAGCCGCUGAUCAGAAAUUGAGCUGUGGAGCCACCCACUAGGGACGGGCCUAGCCCAUUACAGUCCACGGAAUGCAAUGUGCUGCUCCGAGCUACGACAGGGCGAUACCGGAGCCGCCCCGAGCGCCAGCCAAGUAAGUUUAAUUAUUCAGUCCUGGAACGCCCCUCACCCCUAUCCAUCGAGAACGCCCUAUAAGUGUCAGACGCCUCAUGGCAACGGCAGACUCUUUGAAGGAAGCUGGUUGAAAAAUUAAAACUAGACGUCACCAAAUGUUUUCAUGAAGAAGGAGUCGGCGAAAUCUACAGUCUUCGGUGUGUUUUUAUCCUUUCCGCCAAAGUUCAGCGUGUCUCCGUCUUCUGUGCAGGCGAGUCCAAUGUGGGCAGGAAACGGUGCUUUUUUCCCGCCGCAAUGGUAAUCCUCUCCCAAUUGUUUUUCUCUAACGAGGCUCAACUUUCUUUCAGGAGAAAAGGAAUAGGCCAAUUGUAUACAGAUGCUCUGUAGAUUCCGAGGGCUUCGUUCCGGGUUGAACUAUUUGUCUACAUCCCGAGACGUGCCGUUUUGUCUCCGUGGAUGCAUCAUCCUAUUAUUCCCAAGAGAAUAGUGGCAGCAUGUUUUUAGGUAACGCCGAAAUUGUUGUACGCACUUUGUUCAGCUGGAAAUACAUUUUGGGGAAAUAUUCCUAUUUUGAGGUCGCGCCAAUGUUUAAUGGACCACCUGAAGUGACCGGGCGGUCUAUGUGAAACGGGUCUUCGAACCCUGCGUUGGCAGUCGUUCUUUUUUCGGGAAGGGGGGUGAGCAGGUGUUCUCGCAAGAUGCAGGUCAGCAGACCGCAAGAGUGUUUUAUGAUAUCCAUGUCAGUUCCCCGUCUACCUAUCCUUAGGAGGCUUGUUCAGUAUGCGUGUGACCUCUGAACAGUUUUCAUGGUCUGUGGAGGGUGCUCCACAUACCCGACUGCUUCAGCACUCGCGGCGAGCUGCAAGAUUUGCCCGACACGACUCUCCAGCGGCACUGUCUUAUUGUACUGGAUAUUUUGGCGGAGACAUUUUUUAGACGAACAUCCUGUAGACCUCGAGACGAAUCCCUUCUCUCAUCGUGACAGAGAUCCUGGAGACGGCAUUAUCCACCAAGUACUUGCAAUGCCCGGACAUCGGGAACCCGGUGGAGUUCCAAACAGAUGUUUAUCUGAUGGCAUGGUAUCGGAUGCGUUGUAGGCUGAGGGUGAUGCUGUGACAGUGGUUUCGGAACUAGGCCAACCUGACCGGCGGCUUAAGAGGGCGCGGCGUGUCUACAGGGUCGAUGAAUAAAUGCUUUUCGAUGAGAAAAUCAAGCGACGCAAGGUAGGAUUGGUGUGAGGGUUAGCGACAGUAUAGACUAGCCCUCUAGAGAGUACCUGGAUGCGACACGCGACGAAGCGUUCUGCGUUCGGUUGUUUUCAAAAGAGAGGAGCUCCAAACUAACUAAACGGUAUUGAAUGUUUGCUGUCCCUACCGAUUUGGUGAGGGCACCUCGAUGGCCGACAUCUCGGGAGAGCUAUUUCGGAUACCAGAGCGCUUGGAUAGUGAACCGCUUCCUGCUGCUUCCUCUAACGUCAGUGAAUGCCCGGAAAUCCGUCUCAGUUGUUUUUCGUCACCGGUUGGAAUUCAGCGACCAUGCCCACCAUGCUCGGUUGCAACUCAGUAUUUAUGCAUUAAGACUGGUGGCCAGGCUCAAAGACCUAGGCGCUGCGCACAGCAGUAUCUAGCUCAUGAACUUUUUUAUGUCGACUGACGGGAGUGUAUCCUUGGGUGCAUUUGGGGCCGUGAAGAAGGACGGAUUCAGGGGGGUGUUGGCUACCCACGAGGAAUUUGCACCACCAGAUGUUUUUGUAGUCCUUUCAGAGGUCAUGUUAACGUGUGCACCUGAUGCUUGGGGUCUGGGAGCGACUGCUUUUUGGACAUGGUGGAACAAGGCGCCGGAGACCGGCGACACUGUCGGACAUAGUAUACUUCCCCUUUUUAAAACAAGCGAGGAUGGGCCACAACCGGUUCAGUUCCUCGUUCACCAGUUUCUUAAACGUUUCGCCAGGGACCGCCCGCUCGCACUGCAAGCCUUAGGACUACUUAGUAACAAGCGAUGGCAGAAGAGCUGUCCACUGCUUUGCCGCUCUACCGUGAUGGUGGAACGUCAACAAGAAGAGACGGUGUUGCCACCACGGGGAACUUCUCAAGGUGUCGAAGGCAUAGGCGGCAAAGGGUGUGACGGUUUAGUAUCCAGAGGAGCCACCGGCAUGCCACUUGAAUUCUAUGAUGUCUUCGAUGCCGAAGCAAACGCGUCUUGGGAGAUGAAUUGAGAGGAGAUGCGCAUGCUCGGUAGCGAUGCAGUUAGUAUACGCGGACGCUGUUCGCGGUGCUCUGCAGUUGCCGGCGGUCGGGGUGGUGGUGGCGUUGAAGAACGUAGUGUCUGCGUGGCGCAACCUCGCAACGUAUCACCUCGGUGCUCUGUCACCUGGAUGUCCGAAGUCUGGAAUUUGAGCGCCAUUCGUGGAUGUCUGUAGGCUCGAAUUUGAGCACCAUUCACGCACAGUAUGUGUUGAAAGCAUGAAACGUCGAUAUGCUUCCGUUGUCACCGACUUACCCCUGUUACGCGCUGACGGGAAACACGAAACACAUCAAAUGUCGGGGGCAACAGUGACAGUUACAUUACGGCCAAAACGCAAUCCAUGUUGCGCUUCCCUGAAGAAAGCUGCGCCUCCAAUGAAAGACUCGCGGUCGUCUUGAUGUCGCCGUACAUAUCAUUGGAGAUCUUGCGAUUGUUACCCGUUUAGUGAGCCGUAGCCGUUCCUCUUGGCUGGACCAGAUCAGUGGUAUAUUCGUAUAUGCCGUGCAUCAGUCAUCUUUAUAGAAGUCGACGCAUGGACUGGCGUGUAGGGGGGGCAGCGACGACAUACAUUGAGCAGUCAAGUUGUAUCGAUGGUGAGGAUCCCCGACUUGAGAUCAGACUGUUGUUUGCGAAAAAGAUGUCUUCAGGGGUGCCAAGACGGGAGGGACAGUGGGCUGUGGCGUUUACUGGUAUGUGGAGAAUGGUGGGGAAAAAUCCGUUGCGAUUAUCGGGGACCAAAAUCUUCGUGCUCAGCGAACUGUGCCGCCCAUACUGAGUGCAUGUAUGUGGACAUCACUGGCCCGUGAAACAGUCUGUUCAGCAGAGCGAUAAUAUCCGUAGGUUAUACACAAGAAUCUGACUGCUUGUCUUGCGCGUACGAUAAAACGUGUUGCCUCCUGUCAAAAAGCGUUGGGGAGAAUACCAGCGCUGUUCAAAAUCCACCGACAUUUGUGCGUCUACCCAAGACCAACUGUGAGGGACGGGAACACGCAGCCGGCC